GAAGAACACACAGUCCUCAAAAGUCCUUGAAGUAUUUUUCCUCCACACAACAAAACAAACACAAACACGUCAUCCGAUUAUGGGCGCUCCGAUCUGGCUGUCUCCGAAAGUCUCUCGUCUACUAGUCCUAAGUUCUUGAUUAAAAUAAUAGUGCACUCGUCGGGUCUAAGUCUGGUGCUGUGUGCAGUGAAUUAAAGAAGAAUUAAAUUUACAGAUAAAGUGUGACAUUGGAAAAGUACUGCGUGAGUUUUGGAUUCUAGGCGCUGGUUGUCCAGACAUUCGUUUUCACUUCUUGAAGCAGAAAGUGACACCCACAACAGCUGCAAGUUUCAUAAAAGUGAAUAAAAAUAACGCGACGACCCAGUUUAUUUAUAAAACGACGAAUGCAAAACCGAAACCUUGGCAAUGACAUCGAACUUGUGAGUUAUUGGUGUGGAUGCUGCUGCAGUAGUCAUUAGCCGAGAUCGACAGACAGAGAUCAUCUAGAACUAGAUCGGAUUAGUCUGAAGCGAUUGUUUUGUUCGACUCCCCAAUACAUUUGUUGGAGGUCAUCGGUCCCUUAUUUUGUACUGCUAAAACCCACCAAACACUAGACGUCGAAAAGGGGGAAUCGAUUACGUAAAGCUGCUGUUGUACGUGUAUUGCUUCACCUCACCGAGCUGUUAAGUUUGAAACAAACGUAUACAUCAGACAGAGCACCUCGAGAACACAGCCCCUGUUUCACAACACAUUUGAAAGCAGGCAUUAUUUGUUUCUAGAAGCAGCAGCAGCACGCUUUUCCACCUCGUGGUUUCAUCCGCUGGUAUUGGUGGUGGUUGUCGCCGCUCGAGAACAACAACUGUGUCCAUCUAUUUUUUUUUCUACCGCGAGCGGCGAGCGAACUCGCAAAAGGGAAAAAAUACCAACAAACAAACCUCGGUGGUCGGAGCCAACGAGUGAGCAAGCAUGCGACCGGUACCCUCAGUGCUGAUACGACUUGGCAGCGGUGCGUUUCCUUUCAGUAGUUCGGCUGCGGUGCUGGUGCGAUCGAUUCCGGGAACUUCCCAGAGUUGCUGCUGUCGUCGCGAGCUAAGUGUUUUUGCGGUCGGUGCUGAAAGAUAUUGGCGGAAACAGACUCGGACACAACAGAACGCUACUAGUCGGCGUAGUUUAUCGCGUUAUUCGGCAAACAGGAUCAUGACCGGGGUAGAUACGUUCUGCAUUGCGGAUUACGAUUGCGUUGGAUUCGAUUUGGAUAACACUUUGCUGCGCUACCAGGUCGGCAAUGUGAUCGAGCUCGAGUAUGAUAUCAUGUCCAGAUUUUUGGUUGAGCAACGAGGAUACUCGGCCAAGUACCUGUUGCAACCACCUGAUUUGGACUUUCUGCAGAAGGGACUGGUCAUUGAUUUUCAGCGUGGCAAUAUACUGAAGCUUUCGGCCGAUGGAACGAUCCAUCAAGCUACCCACGGAACGAAGAAGAUGGCCGAGGCUGAGAUAAUUGCAUAUUACGGUGACGAAAAGAAGUGGGAAGUUACCAAUGAGUAUUGCCAGAAUAUGCUGGUCGCAUGGAAUGGGCCUUUGUCCGAGAAAAUUCGGACCGUGCUCGACUAUUUUGAUAUCUGUUCGACGAUGAUAUUCGGCAGGAUUAUCGAUACGUUGGAUGAAGAAGCACACGAGCGAAUAGGACACUAUAAUGUUUGGCCGGAUAUUCUGGACUCGUUAGUAUUCAUGUAUUCCCGCGAGCAUUUUGGUCAGAAUAUCGGAGGGUAUUUUGAGGCAUUGAAACAGAACCCCGAUAAAUACCUGCAGAAAACAUCACCCAAACUUAUUUCGUGGUUACGAGAGUUGAAGAAAUCGAAAACGACAUUCUUAGUGACAGGAUCGCACAUCGAUUUCGCUAAUUUUUCUGCCUCCUACGCGUUAGGCCCAGAUUGGCCAGAGCUGUUCGAUGUGAUUGUUGGCUUCGCUAAGAAACCAGGUUUCUUCACGGGUGCCAAGCCCUUCGUAAUGCUAGAUGGUUCCACCGAAAUGGAACCGGUGACUCCGGCCCAGCUGGAACGACAUCACGUGUAUUCUCAGGGCAACUGGCGCGAUUUGACCAUACUUUUGCAGCGGUUAUCGCACAAGGAAAACCCUCGUUAUCUCUAUGUGGGCGAUAAUCUCAUCCAGGACGUUUACACGCCCUCGAAAUACACCAAAGCGGACACCAUCGCCAUUGUGGAAGAAAUGGCAGCCGAAGGCAUGAAGGAUCAUCCCCACUCACAUCCGGAUGCUCGCUAUCUGCAGUCGCAAUUCUGGGGGUCCUACUUCCUUGCCGGUCCAAACCGUCAAUACGAGGAACCAUCACUUUGGGCACACGUCAUCAAACGAUACGCACGAAUCUGCGUACCCAGCAUGGACGAAGUUGCCCAAUAUCCGGUAGAUCACAGCUACAACAGCUUCACGGAAGGUGUCGCCUGUGCCGAUGGGUACUAUCCAGCCGAACCGAUGAAACUAGUCAUCUAAAAUGAAUAGCGCAUGCAUCUAAUUAUCGCCAUAUAAAUCGAGACGAAAGUUGACAAGCAAAAAUGAAAAAUAAACACAAACACAAAAGUCUACAAACCAUCCGUUUGACACGGAUUGCCACACACCUCGCGGACAGAACGGUUGAAUGGCCCCUCCGACAUCGGACGCCACCAUAUUGAGAGGGGCACCAAAAUGAGUAAAUUUAAAACACAAAACAACCCUCAAACGAAAGCAACCCACCGUGUUUAUCAACAAGCGAAAUGUGGACAGCGAAUAAUCUAAUAAAUCAGCAUCCCCGCUAAUAGAUUGGAAUGGAUUGAAGACGACGCCGACGACUGUCAGCGAAAUUGCCAUCGACGUCGAGAUGAAUCCUAUUUUAUUAGGGUGCUGCUGCUGUUGCAUCGGAACAAACUGAUGGAUGAUAGUUACUGAAGCAACUGUUUAUCGAGGUCACCCAACCAAAGUAUUGCAAACAUUGACCACAAUCCAACAGCCCUUCUAGUUUUGAUGGACGAGCGCAACGGUAAAUAUUUGAACCAUGUGUAGGUGCUCCCGACUUCGUUGGCGAUUUGCUCUUGGACAACAACAACAACAACAACAGGUGACAUUUCCCCGGCCCACAGCAUCUCAAUACAUAUUUGCGACAAUAAUUCAAUUAAACUAUCAGUUGAGGGAGGAGUUAGCUCCACUAAGUACAUGUUCUCGUGUAACUGACCGGAAUUUCGGGAAGCAGUUUUGAUCGGCUAUCGUAUCUAGAGAUUAAUUUAGGCUUCUCAUAAACGUACUACAACGUAUUUUACGAUACAAUACAUGUUUCAAUUGCAUAACUAUUAGCUCUUAAAGAGCCAACAGAGUCUAUGUGUGUAGCUGUAAAUGUUCUAAUCAAUAAUGUAAUCGAAUCAAAGACAGUUUUGAAACAACAAAACGGAUCGUAUCCGUUCUACAUACAGUUUUAGAGAAAAAAAAACAUCCUACUGCAAACAAUCUCGAACAAUCGUUAUUCACGUUAUGCAUCCAUUGUGUCAAUACCUUUAGAUUGUAGCUUAAGCACAAUAAUGCUAAAGUCAAUAUGUCAUGUUUCCGUUACUAGACUUGUCAAAUUACAGUGUUCUUAUUGCAGCCUAUACAUCUAGCCAUUUACAUAUCACAGUUGAGUUGUUUAUAUCUUUGAUUUAAUCUGUGUUACCAUCUCCUGAGCGAGUGAGUUCAAUAAAAAAAAUGCAUUGAAGCUUCUAGCUAACUGUUCUAAA